CGGUUCCGGUGUCUCCUUACAGCCAUGGCCGCUGCCGUCCCUGGUGUUGGCCCUGGGGCUCCCCUGUCCCCGGACGAGUUGCCUCCGAAAGGUGAUGCCGAGAGGACUGAAGAGGAGCUGGAAGAGGAAGACGACGAGGAGCCAGAUGAGACCCUGUUGGAGAGACUCUGGGGUCUGACGGAGAUGUUUCCGGAGAGGAUCCGGUCCGCGGCCGGAGCCACUUUUGACCUCUCCCUCUUUGUGGCUCAAAAAAUGUACAGGUUUUCCAGGGCAGCUUUGUGGAUCGGGACAACUUCCUUCAUGAUUCUGGUUCUUCCUGUUGUCUUUGAGACUGAAAAGUUGCAGAUGGAGCAACAGCAGCAGCUGCAGCAGCGGCAGAUACUUCUAGGGCCUAAUACAGGGCUGUCAGGAGGAAUGCCAGGGGCUCUACCUUCACUUCCUGGAAAGAUCUAGAUUGUCACUACUAUCUUUGACCCGUCUUGGCAGGAGAAGUUUGCAAAUUUAAGUGUUUGAACUUUUUUUUUUUUUUUUUUUUAAACUUGGGCACCCUGACCUAAAUCUGACUGGGAGAACUUUCCCCAUGUUGUCUCAUGGAGAGAGUCCCUCCCUGCAACUGUGCCCUUCAAGCUAUCCUGACUCACUACUCCUGUCCUCACUCUGAUAGGAGUGCGGCAAUGCAGGUGGUUACUCCAGCUCGGGCCAUCCCACAGCUUUUGCUAAACUGACUCCUGACUGGGAGAUCUCAGUAGCUCUUUGCGGGGGCCAUUGGGAAGGAUGUACCCCUGACCAGUAACGACUGUUUUGUUUUGACGUGCACACUAUAUGAAAUACAAAAUGCAGUACAGCUUAGUGUAAAAGCAGCCACUGUGAAUUCCUGUGUAUGUUGGAAAAGAGGGCGGGCUGGCAGCAACUUAAAUCACAGGAUGGGACUGUGGAGGGCACAGCCAAAGCUUACCUCCUCUGCACAUUUUGGCUGUUAGACCUGUGUGUGUGUGUCUAAGACAAUAAAAAAAAAGAGUCAUGCUCACUUUUGUAUUUAAAUAUUAAAAA